AUGGCUGACGCUGAUGAGUUGAUGAAGACGAACGGUGUCAAGACACAGUCUUCAUCGGUACAGACAAGGUUACGAUCUUCGGUACGUCUACUCAGAAAUCCCGAACUCACUAGAGAACUUAGGAGGCUUAAAGACAAUAACCUUAAUCGAAAGAUUGAUCAUGAUGAGAAGCCGGAAGAGAACCCUAUUCUUCUUAAUGAACCAAAGAUGAUACCUCGUAUACGGAUAGUUUAUAAACCUAAAGACGAUGUGGAGAGAAAGAUGAAGGACCGUUUAGAAGCGAAACAGAAGUUGACAGAGUUAUUGAAGGCUAUCGAGGAGAGACUAACUCGGUCGGAAUUGAGAGUUUACACUUGCUUGUGUAAAGACUUUAAGUCUCAUAGAAUCGAUUACAGCCAAUUCGUUAAGUCUCUUCAACGUUUGAUCGAUAAAUACAAGAAUCUUUAUCAACGGUUCGUAGACAUUGCCUACGGUCAUGGAGAAGAUGAGGCUGGAACUAGGGUUAAAGUUGAUGAUAACCCCCAAGACACAGAGUCGGAUAAGAUCAAGUUGGAGGGAAAGGGGAAGAGAGGAAUGUUGCCUCCAAAGGAAUCAGACCAACCUGAGAGACCUCUGAAGAAAAGGAGAAAGACUGAACGAGCGACACCUAACUAUAAGCUAAUUCCCAAGGAAGAACAGACACCGGUCUCGUCUACAGUACUAAACAACACUUGGGUUGUGAACAGUUAUGAUAUCCAGGCACAGAAGAACCUAACCGAUAUCGAAAAAGAUAUGUACAACUGGGAAGAUCAGAUGUUCGAGCUAGAUAUGUUGGUGGGAUUUCUAACAAGUGCAGCGAAGAAUGCAGAGGAAGUUAUUAACGGAGAGAGGGACCUGAAAGAUCUUGGAGGGAAGUUCUACAGAUGUGCAGAAAAUUUAUAUGGUAGAGAUAUGCUUGAAAUAGUGAAAGAAAAUCAUCAAAGAGUUUUACCUGCGAUCUUGAACCGGUUGAAUCAGAAACUGCGCGAGGUCACUCUUGUAAGAGAAAGAUUGAAACCUGUCUUGAAGCAAACGAUUGAAAAACUUUCUACAAGGCAAAGAGGUUCCACUGCACAAGAAUCUCAAGUGAAGACAAGAACAAUCUGA